AUUUAGUUUAGUAUACUUGGCAGGCCCAGCAUCUACACCGCAUGCAAUACAACAAUGCAAAGUAUUACAAUCAGAAAUACAGUUUUUAGACAGCCUGACUGCCCUGCCUACCCGUGCCUGUGGGCUAAGGCAAAGUGGGGUUCUGUGUCAGGCCUGAUAAUCCGUUUCUGAUCUGGUAGCGGCUGUCUGUUAUUUCUAUUCCCAUUUCUCCCAAAGGCAGACCUAGAUUUUCUUCCUUUUUUCUCUCCUCCUCUUUCCAUGGCUGGGCCCCCGCCCAUCUCUCUCCUCCUGGAACUACAUCUCCCAGAAGGCCUGGCGCCCACGCCGCACGCGCAGUGACGGCCUGUUCGUUCUCGCUGAGGGAGAAAGACGCAAGCAGCCGCGGGGUUUCGGUGGAGCGGCGGCAGCUGGAGACGGAGAGCGACGGCGCCACAUGCACAGUGAGUACUGUGUAGUCCUCUCACCCUCAAAGAUGGUGAAGCUGGAUAUUCACACUCUGGCUCAUCACCUCAAGCAGGAACGACUCUAUGUAAACUCAGAAAAGCAACUUAUUCAGAGAUUAAAUACAGAUGUAUUGAAGACAGCUGAGAAACUGUACCACACAGCAUGGAUUUCCAAGCAGCAAAGGAUUAACUUGGACAGACUUAUCAUAACAAGUGCUGAAGCUUCUCCUGCUGAAUGCUGCCAGCAUGCCAAAGUCUUGGAGGACACACAGUUCGUUGAUGGGUACAAGCAGUUGGGAUUUCAAGAGAGUGCUUAUGGAGAAUUCCUCAACAGGUUGAGAGAGAACCCUAGGCUUAUUGCUUCCUCUCUGGUUGCUGGAGAGAAACUCAACCAGGACAACACACACAGUGUUAUUUACACAGUCUUUACCUCCAUCUAUGGCAAUUGCAUCAUGCAGGAAGAUGAGAGCUACCUCCUUCAAGUUUUGCGUUACUUGAUAGAAUUUGAACUGAAGGAAAGCGACAAUCCCAGACGGCUUUUGAGGAGAGGCACGUGUGCAUUCAGCAUUUUAUUCAAACUUUUUUCUGAAGGACUCUUUUCUGCAAAACUCUUCCUCACUGCAACAUUGCAUGAGCCAAUCAUGCAGCUGUUGGUGGAAGAUGAAGACCACCUAGAAACAGAUACAAACAAAUUGAUUGAGAGGUUCUCUCCUGCACAACAGGAAAAACUCUUUGGGGAGAAAGGCACAGAAAGGUUCAAACAAAAAGUCCAAGAAAUGGUGGAUUCCAAUGAGGCUAAGUUAGUGGCUUUGGUGAACAAAUUCAUUGGUUAUCUCAAGCAGAACACGUACUGCUUUCCACAUAGCUUGAGAUGGAUUUUAUCACAAAUGUACAAAACACUCUCCUGUGUAGACCGGCUGGAGGUUGGGGAGGUGCGAGCAAUGUGCACGGAUCUUCUGCUUGCAUGUUUCAUUUGUCCUGCAGUUGUCAACCCAGAACAGUAUGGAAUAAUUUCUGAUGCCCCAAUAAACGAGGUGGCAAGAUUUAAUCUGAUGCAGGUCGGGAGACUUUUGCAGCAGUUGGCAAUGACAGGUUCUGAAGAGGGAGAUGCGCACAUGAAGAGCAACCUUGGCAAAUUUGACAAAAGCUGUGUUGCUGCUUUCCUGGAUGUUGUUAUUAGUGGGCGUGCUGUGGAAACCCCUCCGAUGUCCUCAGUUAACCUUCUAGAAGGGUUGAGUAGGACUGUGGUUUAUAUGACAUACAGCCAACUUACUAAUCUGGUUGGUUUUAUGCGAAAUGUAAUGUCAAGUGAUCAACUGAAGGAAGAUCGGAUGGCUCUGGAAAACUUGUUGGCAAACUUACCCCAGAACAAACCCGGGAAAAGUAGCAGCCUUGAAAUGACUCCUUACAAUACCCCACAACUCUCCCCUGCAACUACCCCAGCCAACAAAAAAAAUCGACUGCCUAUUGGACAACAGUUGGCAGCCAUUACUGCCUGGGAUACUUCUACCACCAAUCUCUCAGCUCACAUUAAUCUAGUAACCCCAUUUGCUACCCGUAGCAGAAAUAGAUCAAAUAUUCCAAUGGACCAGCAUGGAGACCAUGAGGGAUCCUCCCAGGAGUCUAUACAGGAAGUUCAGCCAGAAGAAGUGCUGGUUAUUUCUUUGGGAACAGGUCCGCAGCUUACUCCGGGGAUGAUGUCAGAAAAUGAGGUCUUAAACAUGCAGCUUGCCGAAGGAGGACAAGGAGAUGUCCCUGUUGAUGAAACCAAACUCCACGGUAAACCUGAUAAAACCUUGCGCUUUUCCCUCUGCAGUGAUAAUCUGGAAGGAAUAUCUGAAGGUCCUUCAAAUCGCUCCAAUUCUGUGUCCUCUUUGGAUUUAGAAGGAGAGUCUGUGUCAGAGCUUGGUGCAGGGCCUUCUGGGAGCAAUGGUGUUGAAGCCCUGCAGCUGUUAGAACAUGAACAAGCUACAACUCAGGAUAAUCUUGAUGACAAGCUCCGUAAAUUUGAAAUUCGUGAUAUGAUGGGAUUGACUGAUGAUAGGGACAUAUCAGAAACUGUGAGUGAGACGUGGAGCACAGAUGUCUUGGGCAGUGACUUUGAUCCAAAUAUUGAUGAAGACCGGUUGCAAGAAAUUGCAGGUGCAGCUGCAGAGAACAUGCUUGGCAGCUUGCUGUGUUUGCCAGGUUCAGGAUCUGUGCUGCUUGACCCCUGCACAGGGUCAACCAUAUCAGAAACCACCAGUGAAGCAUGGAGUGUGGAGGUAUUGCCUAGUGAUUCAGAGGCCCCAGACCUAAAGCAGGAGGAAAGACUGCAGGAGCUGGAAAGCUGUUCUGGGCUGGGCAGCACCUCUGAUGACACAGAUGUGAGGGAGGUUAGUUCUCGUCCCAGUACACCAGGCCUCAGCGUCGUGUCAGGUAUUAGUGCAACCUCUGAGGAUAUUCCUAAUAAGAUCGAGGACCUUAGGUCUGAGUGUAGCUCUGACUUUGGAGGGAAAGAUUCUGUGACAAGUCCUGAUAUGGAUGAAACAGCUCAUGGAGCCAGUCAGUUGACUUCUCCCCCCUCUCAGUCGGACUCUUUGCUUGCAUUGUUUGACCCUUUGUCAUCACAUGAAGGUGUAUCAGCAGUGGUUAGGCCUAAAGUGCACUAUGCAAGACCCGCUCAUCCGCCGCCAGAUCCCCCAAUCUUGGAAGGAGCUAUGGGAGGUAAUGAGGCCAGAUUCCCAAAUUUUGGUUCCCACAUCUUAAUCCCAGCUGAUUUGGAGGCGUUCAAACAAAGGCAUUCCUACCCAGAAAGGCUGGUCCGCAGCAGGAGCUCUGACAUAGUGUCAUCGGUUCGGAGACCGAUGAGUGACCCUGGCUGGAACAGGCGGCCUGGCAACGAAGAAAGGGAGCUUCCUACACAAACACCCAACAUUGGGGCAGCUGCUUCAGUGCCUGCGCCUCAGUCCUCUUCGUCAUCCCCCAGUAAAGACUCCUCUAGAGGAGAGAUUGAAGAACGAAAAGAUAGUGAUGAUGAAAAAUCUGACAGGAACAAACCCUGGUGGAGAAAGCGUUUCGUUUCUGCCAUGCCCAAAGCUCCUAUACCAUUUAGAAAAAAAGAAAAACAAGAAAAAGACAAAGAUGACUUUGUGUCUGAGAGAUUCUCAACACUUCAAGAUGAUCCCAAUCCCAGACUAAGUGCACAGGCACAGGCUGCAGAGGAUAUCCUGGACAAAUAUAGGAAUGCUAUUAAGCGAACUAGCCCAAGUGAAGGAGCUAUAGUAAAUUAUGAAAGUGCAGAGGUAAUUGGAGAUGGUGAAAGUAUACACGACUCUCCACGCGAUGAAGCCCUGCAGAAUAUGUCAGCUGAUGACCUCCCAGAUUCUGCAAGUCAAGUAGCACAGCCACAAGACUCUACUUUCUCUUACAGGGAUGCAAAGAAGAAACUGAGACUGGCUCUUUGUUCAGCAGAUUCCAUUGCCUUCCCAAUGUUGACCCAUUCGACAAGAAAUGGCCUACCAGAUCACACCGACCCUGAUGACAAUGAAAUAGUGUGCUUCCUGAAAGUUCAGUUAGCUGAAGCUAUUAAUCUACAAGAUAAGAAUUUGAUGGCCCAACUACAGGAGACAAUGCGCUGUGUAAGCCGCUUUGAUAACCGAACAUGUCGAAAGCUACUGGCUUCCAUUGCAGAGGAUUACAGGAAAAGGGCUCCAUAUAUUGCUUAUUUAACUCGAUGUCGCCAAGGUCUGCAGACCACACAAGCCCAUCUGGAAAGGCUCCUGCAGAGGGUAUUACGUGAUAAGGAAGUCGCCAACAGAUAUUUCACCACAGUUUGUGUGAGGUUACUUCUGGAAAGCAAAGAAAAAAAGAUAAGGGAAUUCAUUCAAGAUUUCCAGAAACUCACUGCAGCAGAUGAUAAAACAGCCCAAGUAGAAGACUUUCUUCAGUUUUUAUAUGGGGCCAUGGCCCAGGAUGUCAUCUGGCAAAAUGCCAGUGAAGAGCAGCUCCAGGAUGCACAGCUAGCCAUAGAACGCAGUGUGAUGAAUCGCAUUUUCAAACUCUCAUUCUACCCUAAUCAGGAUGGAGACAUUUUGCGUGACCAGGUCCUUCAUGAGCAUAUCCAAAGGUUGUCUAAGGUAGUGACUGCAAACCACCGAGCACUUCAGAUACCAGAGGUGUAUCUCCGGGAGGCACCAUGGCCAUCUGCGCAGUCUGAAAUCCGCACAAUCAGUGCUUACAAAACCCCACGGGACAAAGUGCAGUGUAUUCUGCGAAUGUGUUCAACCAUAAUGAACCUCCUGAGUUUGGCCAAUGAAGAUUCAGUCCCUGGGGCAGAUGACUUUGUUCCUGUUUUGGUGUUUGUUCUGAUAAAGGCAAACCCACCCUGCUUGUUGUCCACUGUUCAGUACAUUAGUAGCUUCUAUGCUAACUGUUUAACUGGCGAAGAAUCUUACUGGUGGAUGCAGUUCACAGCAGCAGUUGAAUUUAUUAAAACCAUUGAUGAUCGCAAGUGACCCAAAGGAGCACCUGUGUAGACAGACUGUUAGCAGCAAAGAGCCUGUAAGAAUGUAGAUCAGCUGUUUCAAAGGCUGAAGAAAUACUUUCCUUGUAUAAUAUUGUACAGAGUGGAAGCAUUUAAAAAUUUUUUACUAAUCCGAUUAAUUAAUUAAUUAAACAGGCUUUCUUUCCUCUCUGUUUUGGUUGCAUCUUUUCCCCCUUUAGGGAUUAGCACAGGGAAAAGGGACCACAUUUUUCAGGUAUUGUGGAUUCUCAAAAUCGCCUAGGAAAUUCUGCUGUCACUGCCCCUUUCACACAGACACUAUUUUCCCCCUAGACUUCUCUUGAUGUAAAUUCAUUCGUUUUCUUUGUUUCCAACCAAAAAGAUCAUGGCAAGCACUUUUAAGAGCCUUUCUAGCUUAAUACACCUUUUAUAAGAGAACACCAGCUGCACUGAACGUUUGUAGCAGUUGACACAAUUUAUAAAUUGUACUUCACCUAUGGUAAAAUUAAAACCUGAGGACAAUGUAAAUAUAUGAUAUAAUAUUUAAUAAACUGCAGUCAUCUUUGGACUCUUUAUCCUUUCAACCAGCAAACAAGCAGUUUCUCUCUCCUACAGCAGGCUGUGACAUACUGUGUUGGGUAAUGAGAUGACUUCCUCAAUAGGAUAAGUUUUUUUUAAAAUGGACAAACCUAAAUAUUUAUUUAAAUUUAAUAAGGUUUACAGAACUUUCUGAAACUGGAAUUUACAAUUCACAGGGCUCUCACUUGAAAGUUUAGAAUUUUGGCUCGGGAAUUAGAGCAUUUUAAAUAAAUAGUUUGAAUUUAUAGAGGAGAGGGCUGUAAGUUCCAAUAGAUAAGUUCUAAUAUAAAAAGGAAUAGUACAUACCUUAUUGUAAUAUUUUUCAUCUGAAAUACUGUGUAUACUGUACAAACCCCAAACAGAAUUCCUUACAGAACCUGAAACUGUAAUAUAUAUUUUGAUUAUUCACAUUAAAUAUACAUGCCAGGGGUUUCAGUGAAUGUUUUUUUACUAUGUUCUUUGUAUCGUCUUUUCUCUAGCAGUGCAGCUUUUACUAUUCAUAUAAAAUAUUUUAAAGUGCCACCUUGUCCUUUAUAAAACACAUCAUGAAAUCAGUUCAGGGAAUCUUUGUAGAUGUUUCUCACCCCUCUCCCAUUUGAAACUGACAAUUAUGAGAAGAGCAGGUGCACUUCCUUGAUGAGCAAAAUAGAGUUCCCAUAGCUGGCCCAAGGCAUUUCUUAUACUCCUGUGAGUGGUCGUUGGCCUUUGUUCUUGUAGAUCUAG